GAUCGAUAGUAUUGCGUGUUGUUGCUUCACCGAUUAAAUUUCAUAGAAUUUUUUAUAAAUUUUGGUCUCUAAAUAAUAUGUUUUUCAUGGAAGAGUGUUUAUCGAAAUUAAGAAUUUAUGUUUGGAAUCUUUCCACCCCUUUGUGAAUGAAUAAAAGUGCAGUCGCGUUGCAACUAUGUGCAUUUGAUCAAAAUGGCGCCUAAUAUUUUAUAUAGGGACGCGAUGCGUGUGUGCCGUUUCGGGGCUUAAAUUGAGGACUAGGUGCAAUAAUUGUGCUCAAAAAUGUCCAAUACAGUGAUUACAAACUAUACGGACUUAAAUGGACCUUCGACGAAAACCGACAGUUCUGUUGUUGUUAUUGUAAACAAGGAUGGAUCUCUUUCUGUGGACCAAAAACUUCUUGAUACUUUAAUGGGAACAGACGGAUCACAAGCAGCUGGGAUAAGUGUUGUUCGUGUUGGUCAUGAAGGUAGACCAGAUGAUGCUACAGAUUCUGAAGAUGAGAAUGAUAAAGUUCCUCAUGUAACACUAUCUGUUGAUAGUUAUUAUGACGAACCAGACAGCAUUAUUAAAUAUGACAGUGGUGCAGAAAUGUUGCAGUCCUUACGGAUAGAAACAAGGGAGAAUAGUUUGAUAGGCUUUCAAAAUGAUCAUUGUUAUACACCACUUACAUCACCAAGGCAAAAUUUACAACAGAAAAAUGAAACAUUUACACCAUAUGACGAUUCAGUUAUUGAAAUCACACAUGAACCUCCACCAAAACCAGAUUCAGUAACACCCAAAAAAAUAUCACCAGAGCAGAAAGUUAUGCCUAAAGGUAAAAAGGUUCUCAUUAAUCCGAUGGAAUCAUCAAUUGUUAUUAAAGAAAAAGAUUUGGCCAAAAAAGUCAUACCUGUAUUUAAUAAACCAAAGCAAAAUUCUACUAUUGAAAAGAAGAGUGAGCAAGAAGAUCAAUCAGAAUCAUCAUCAGCUAGUUCAUCUGGUGAAAGUGCAGCUGACAGGGAUUCUGAUUCAGAUUAUAAAGAAUCCACAAAUAAAUUAAGUCCACACAAGUUAAGAAAAACAAAAACAAAGCCAAGAAUUCUUAAAAGUAUUACAAAAACAGCUAGAGCUGACCCCAAAGCAGCAUUACGGUUAAAAGCAAGUAAAAAUAUACAAAAAGAAAUAAAGAGGAAGGCUUCAUUGAAAAAUGUCCUCACACAAAAGAACCCACAAACAACUCCAAUACAGCCUAAGACAGUUUUACCUCCAACAGUUGUUAAAAAAGGAAAAGAAGUAGUUAAUGUUACACCUAAAAUUAUUCCAAAGCCUAUAAAACGUGAGAAAAAGACCCCAGCCCAUGUUACAGCUCUGUUAUCUGACAUGAGUGAACUAUUUUCAACACCAGAUGUUAUUAGAAGAGUAUCCACUGAAAACAAAGUCCCUAACAAAUCUGAAAAAGAGACUGUUCAGUCACAUAAAAUAGAUGCAUUACCAAAAUCCAUUGAGGUCGCUAAUGAAAAACCCUCUGAAGAAAAUGAUAAAGUGGCUCCCAUCUUCAAAACCCAAGCACAAACAAAAUCAUAUGGUAAACAAGUGAAAACAGUAAAUGUACCAUCACAGCCUAAAACAUAUGAUACAAUACCACAACUUGAUGAUGCAAGCUUGGCUCAAAUACUUCAAGACUCCUCACCACAUUCAUCCAAAGCCAAUGCCAUCAUAUCUACUGCUAAUGUAAUAAAUAGUCCGGGUCUGGCUGGGCCACUCUCACCAACACUGGAUUUGUUGGCCGGACUUCAACCAGAAGAGGAUGGAUUGACAGAAGAUUUGCUAAUGCAUGUCGCCCAGUUAGUGGAAAGUUCUGAAAAUUUACAAGAAGUGCUGGAUAAACAAGUAAUGGGCAAAGUUGCCUCAGUUUCUCAUAUAUCAACCCCACAGCCCCAACAACCCAUACACAUACACACCAAUGAAACACCUUCAAAAUCCGAAGAACCAACUAAUUUGUACACUCAAACCCCAGUGAAAAAUGCAAAGAAUGUUUUGCCCCGCAAAGAUCCUAUAGAAAUAAUAAGACGAGAUGGGAGAGUUAUUACUUUGCCACCAAUAGAAGCUCCUGCUACAAGGUCAUCUAAAAGGAAAAAUCAAAUGGAUAAUCAAUUAAAUAUAGUAAUUACAGAAACUCCUCCUGUUCCACAAACACAGACUCCUCCUAUAUAUGUGUCUCCAGAGCCAAUAGUUCAAAAUGUUUCCAAGCAAUAUAUAAAUAAGAAGAUUGCUAGCAAGAAGGUAGAACCAGUUGCACCACCUACUCCAAUGAUUGAAAUGUCUGCAGAAUCUCAAGAAAGUUGGAAUUCGGAAGAUGAUCCUCAUAGAUUGUGGUGUAUAUGCAGACAGCCACAUAACAAUAGGUUUAUGAUUUGUUGCGAUGGAUGCGAGGACUGGUUCCACGGGAAAUGUGUGAACAUUACAAAGGCUAUGGGCCAACAAAUGGAGGAGCAGGGUGUGGAAUGGAGAUGCCCAAACUGUAUCAAGAAUAGUAAGCAAUCAUCAAAGAGUGCUAAUAAGGCAAGCAUACUGCAGAAGGCUGUAGAAAGCCAUGUAGAAAGUCAGCAGCAAGUGGCAGUUGUGAAAGAGUUAGGUUCCAAACCCUGUUGUAUAGUUUGCAAAAAAUCAGCGAGGGCCAGUAGCAUUUACUGUAGUGAUAGUUGUAUAUUAAAACAUGCACAGGACUCUCUGAGCGCUCCAACUGCUACUCCUACUGCGAAGACAGAUUCUCCGGCUAACAAAAAUGUUGAUAAAGUACCUGAAUCACGGGUGAUCGUGUAUGAAAGAAAAACGGGCAGGUUAUUAGCGGGACCUAACGCUCCCACAGCAGAAAACUUAAAAGCGUGGCUACAAAAGAAUCCUACAUUCGAGGUUGUUCGCCCUGGCACUCUAAGUACAAUAAAGCCGAAUGUCACCAAGAAGAAAUCGGGCGAGUCAAAUAAAAUUCAGACGACGCUUAGUUUCGCCAAGAUACCGCGAAAGUCUACUGAACAAUUGUCGCCAAUCGCUAAGACGGCGCCGCCCGAGUCUAAAGACAAAUCCAGCAAUGUAAUACAAACAUCAAAGGAGCAAACUAAGAUAGCAAAAGAAUCACCAAAAGCACCACUCGUGAAGCAAGAGGUGGCGACCCCACCACAAGUAAAAACCCCAGCAACACCUAAACUUCAACCGACGACUGAAAUAGAUACACCCAAAUCAUCAAACAAAACUGCCAGCGAGCAACGGAAAAGUAGAGCUCUCAACAGAUCCUUGUCUACUGCUGAAAAGCGUACGCCACAAACCCCGACCGCUUCGCCGUCCACAUCGAGGCGAAAAGACAGCGCCGACAAAAAGAAGAUGGACACGGAAGAGGAGAUCAGGGAGAACGUCCGGAAGUCGUUACAGGAACAUAUCAGCCAGAGAAUGACGGAGAGUGACGGGUUCCGGUUGAGCGAGGACGAGAUACAGCAGUACGCGUUCGACACCGAGUCGGAGCUGUUCGAGCUGUUUAAUCACGACGUCGGUAUGAAGUACAAGGCCAAAUAUCGGUCGCUCAUGUUCAAUAUCAAAGAUCGGAAGAACCUAUCGCUGUGGGAGAAGAUUUGUGAGAGGGCGCUGAAGCCAAAAGAAUUGGUGCGUCUCUCGCCUGAAGAAUUAGCAAGUCAAGAGUUAGCCCAAUGGCGAGAAGAAGAGUCUAAACAUCAGUUAGAAUUAAUAAAGAAAUCUGAAAUUGACCUUUUAGCUGCAAGCAAAACAUAUGUGCUGAAAACACAUAAAGGAGAGGAGGUAAUGGAAACAAAAGAGUCUGUGUCAACAGAAUUGGAUCCAAACGUGCCUGUUGAAGAUUUAGUGACCGUUUUAAAUGACGCAGUUGGCGACGGUCUCCCACCAGUUGAAACUGACAAAUCAUCAAAAUCAAAGGAAACCAACAAAAAAUCAAGUAAUAGUAGAAGAAAAGACAAAGAUAAGUCUAAAUCGAGUAGUUCGAAGAAGGAUCGCGAGAGCAAACGGGACUCUGAAAAGAGACAGUCGCGAUCUACGAGAAGAUCCCAGGCUGAGGACGUGAAAGAAGAUAAACCAGCAAGACGCGGACGUUCUGAGAAAAAAUCUCGUUCUAGAUCUGAAUCGAAGGAGAGGCCGAAAGAGAAGUCUGACAACGAACGUUCAAGACAACGGUCACGCUCUCGCGUUAAGUCAAAACGGAGCUCUAGAGACCAGACUCCGCCUCGUGGCAGAGAUAGAGAAGAGCCACAUUUCACAAGGAGUUCACGUCACUCUGUGUCUAAAGAGAGCUCUAAACACAGCCAAAGGUCGAGAUCUAAACGGAGAAGUACAACUGAUGACGUCAAACACAGAUCACGAUCUCAGGGAGAUGUCGGUAAAAGUAAGAAUGAUUCCACAGAUUCAGAUUCUGUAGAAAGGCCUAAGUCAGCAAUGAUGAAGGAAGUACAUCCCGAGUACGAUCCCCAUGAGCCAAUGAUAACAUCUGCAUUCUCAGAGGAAGAUCUCCGUAAGUCUGGGGAGGAUAUCAAUGAGAUCAGCGAAUAUGGUAACAUUGAUGUAGACAGCAGUAAAUCCUUCACAAUGGUUCCAGACAUUCCACUUCCAACCCCAGUGUAUUUUGAUAAGCAGGAGAAAACUGCAGAAACAGAAAGUGAUCAAGAGCCUACUAGUACAGUGGAGAGUUCUGCUGCAACCGUUUGGAAUGGUUGCAUCAAUAUGGUGGAUGUUGCCAGAUUCUAUGUAGCUGCCCAUGAGGUAUCUGGAAAUGCAAUUGAUUUAGAAGAAGAUCUAAUGGCUGAAUUAGAUAUUGUUGGCCGGAUAAAUCCUGACACUGUGUGGGAUUAUAUUAGCAAGAUGAAGCGGUCAGGAAACAAGGAUAUAGUUAUACUAAGGCUACAGGCCGCUAACGAUGAAGAGAGAAUGCAGUAUAUUGCUUUGUACAGUUACUUGAGUAGUCGGAAUAGGUUGGGGGUUGUAAAAGUAACGAAUACCGCAACCGUUAAAGAUUUCUACAUAGUGCCACUGUCCGCGAACACUUCGCUGCCUGCAGUAAUGUUGCCACUCGACGGCCCCGGCCUAGGAGAAGUGAAGACCCAUCUCCUCAUAGCAAUCAUAAUACGGCAAAGAAAGAAACGCUUAGCGUCACAUAUUCCAAAAGAUAUCAUUCCAGCAAAGGUUGCGCGAGAAUCGAGGAAAAAGUCGUACACACCGCCUAUAUCUCCACGAAAUCGACAAGUAUCGAGCUACACAUCACCUGCCCUGUCGUCAACGGUCAAAGACAAAAUUGCGGCAUCUUUAGCUGCAGCCGAUGACGACGAGCCCUACAGCCCCGGAUCUUCCAACAGCAGCAGUGGAGCACUAGCGAGCGUAGCGCCAUCUUCCACAACGCUCAAAACGAAAAUGGAAGAGCUGAAUAGACAGAUCGAGGAACAGAAACAGCAGAUAAUGAAGAUGGCGCAAUCUGAAAAUGAGGCUUAUUCUCCGUCAAAGCCGUUAUCACCAACUCAAGCACAGUCCCCAGUGAACACCCUGGCUGAUAUAUCACUACCCUCAAACUUGCAUGAAAUUCUAGCUACUAUCAAACAGCGAUCAGAAAAUACUACUGCAGAUGUUGACAUGCGCACAAUACCCAUGACAUAGUCAUUAGUUAAUGUUAAUUGUUAUUUUAAAAGAAAAACUUUACAUUUUAUUAUAGAGAAUAAUGAAUUUUUAAUUCUAAUAUAACUAGAAAGUGCAUGUAUAGCAUU